UUGCCUACAGGCCAUCGGCCGCAAGCCUGAUGCGUUGACAUGCGCGUCGACGUUGAUGAGCUCCCAUAGGGUCGUGUGGUCUGACUCCCCACUUACAUUUCCCGUGAACAAACAUCUGACCAUGGCGGUCGGUACCUGCAGAUCAUGACAAGGGUGGCUAGCAAACAAGUAUCGUUGACUCCCCGUCGAUCGUUCACCUUCACUUGCCGCCCUCGGAACUACUAGUCUCAACCCACUAUCACCUGCGUACCUGCGUACCUGCGUAUCAGGCUAGCCAUUGACACCCACUCACCUGGCUUCCUUCACGAUGGAAACGAGGGCCAAGACCUCCGCCACCAACAUGCCUGCGCAAGCCGACGACCAUGGAGCCCAGGAUGCCGCACCUUCACCCGCCUCGCCGGACACCACGUCCCCGAAAAAUCCUCGAAAGCGUGCGCGUGUUUCCAAAGCCGCCAACAGUAUCGAGGAGCAGCGGAGAGCAGCGAGAGAGUUCCUGGCUUCCGAUGAGGAUCGCCGCGAUGAGACACUCCACACAGUGGUGGAAAAGGUGGAGCGUCUUGGCCAGCGGUUCGAAGGAACUGUAAAGAGCGUCGAGAAGCUCAGCACAGAAGUGAAGACCCAAGGUGAUAACUACAGUACCCUUCUCUCGAAGGUCAACGUAGUGCCAACUUCGGAAAAGAUAGAGUCCUUGUUGAGCGACGCCAAGCACAGCGCAGAGGUGUUCACUAUGAAACACGUUACCGAUUUACAAAAGACUAUCACCGAGAACGCCAGUGAUACCGACCAAAAGUUUCUGGAUACUGUUAAGGAGCAUGCUCUGGCCAAGCUGUUGACGCCCCUAGAGACGCAAAUCGAAAACUACGGCCAGUCGUUGAAUACGGUCUCGAAGACUUUUGGAGAGCUGAAAGAGCAAGUGAAAGAACUCCCUGACCUGCAAGCAUUGCAAACACGCUUUGAUGAAAGCCACAAGCUGUUGACGCAGGAGAUGGAAGAGCAGCUCAGGACCCAAGCCGAGCAGCUUACCUCUGGCUUCAGCACGGUGUUCAUCACCCCGCUCAGCGACCGGAUCGAAGAGGUCAACAAAGCCGUGGACUCGGCUACAUCACUUGUCCAGGUCGUGAGCUACCAACAGAAGGAGCACGAGCGAGCUCACGAUGAGCGCUGCAAGACCCUUGAGCAGACGAUGAAAGAUUCUCAGACCAAAGCACUGGGUGAAAUGGAUACGAAGAUUCAGGACUUGGUGAAGAUUGUCGAAGCUGAGCGUCGCGAGAACGCAGAUUUGAGGAAAGAUGUUGGUCAACUGCGGACAGAGCUAAACACUGAACGGGAAGAGCGCCAGCAAGCGCAGGAUCGCCUGGAAGUCACAGAGAAGCUGAUUGGUGACCUACGCGAUGGGCUAUGUACUGAACGGAAAGAGCGCAAAGAAGAGCGCAAAGAAGCGCAGAAAGAGCGCGAAGAAGCGCAGAAAGAGACCAAGGCCGUCCUCCAGAGACUCGAGAGUGUGGAGAAGGAUCUUAAAGUUGCAACCCAGGCGCAUGAUACCUUGAGUGGGAGGCUGGAUAAGAUCGCGGCCCAUACAGCUGCCAAAAACAUAGAACAGGACACAGCCAUCCGCAACCUGGUAGAACAGCUUUCGGCUCAUACUCAAAAGGCAGAAAUUGAUGCUACUACCGUUGCUCGAGAUGUUCAAACCAAGAUAGACCAAGAUGUUCAGACCAAGAUAGACCAGCAGAAGAGCGACAUCAUGAGCCACUUGGAAACGCUUCACAACACGAGUAUUCCAGCCAACCUGUGCAAUCGGUUGGAGCAGCUAGAGCGCAUGCCCUCACAAGCCCCUGCAGGCCUGACCUCAAAGGUGCACAUUAUCGAAGCGCGGAUUGGGCUCCUCGAAGCCAACAUCAUCAGCUCUGGCAAGACCAUGAACAGCGUCAGCAAGCAUAUCGACAGAAUAGUGCCCAUGUCGACAGACAUCGCCAGCCUGCAAGGCCAGCUCAGCGACCACAUCGCCAACUACGAGGCACAGAAGCAAGAGCAGCUGGAAACUGCAAAGGUGUACACAGACGCAACUAAGAGGGAGCUCAAAAUGCAUAUCCAGGACCAGCUUGUCCUCCGGGAAGUUCUCUUUAACACCCCCAACUCGACCGACAGUGUUGAGUCUCCACCCCGAACACUAGCCCACACGCCCCAUCUGGUCGCCCACCAAAGCGAGGAGCUAGCGGCUCUCACAGAACAAGUGCGCCAGCUGUCUACAAGUAUGGACCAGGCCUCCACCUCCAGUGGAAACCUUGGAACAAACUUCGACCGCCUCAAGGAUUGCGUGGCAGAUGACUUGGAGAAUCAGAACACAAGGAUUGUCAGCUUGGAGGAAAACCGUGCGAAAGUGAAAAUCCGUGUUGAUAACCUUGAAGCCGCCUGCCGUAAGCACCGCAUGGGUUCCCAGCUGCCUGCAUCUCCCCAGGUUGGUAGGACUGCGGUUUCGCUCAGCCUUUGAAGCCUCGAUGGCACAUGUCGACCUUGGUAAGAAGUG